GAUUGGUCAGUUACGUUUUCGACCAAUCAAAAACGUUGUAGACGCAUGUCCGUUCGGAUUCUCGAGCAAGAGCUCACGUUGGUGAAAGAGUUACCACCGACGACGACGCACAGCAAUCGGCUCAACUGGUUCAGUCAUCAAUAUGACUUCGACCAAGCGCAGUUUGUGUGACGCCGCCGCGACUACAUCCACGUCAGCACAUGCCGCUACCACGGACGUCCAGAACCUCGUGCACAUGAGCGACGAACUGAUUCUGCUGGUCUUUAGCUUCCUCACACCAGAGUCUAUCCUGAAAACGAGACAACUUUCCAAGGCGUGGGCCGUCGUGAGCACCAUGGACCGCAUCUGGCAGCCGUUCUGCGUCGCUCGAUGGCGCAUGCAGCCGCGACUCCUUCGGCUCACUCGCUACGGCGUCCACUCGUACUUGGGGCUGUACCGCCACUUGCAAUUAGCUGGCCAAAAGCCACACGGAGUGUACACAACGCCAGAUAAACUCUCUUGGGGCCACAGCCGUCGACAUGGCGUCGAGUCAUGGCUCACGUUGGGCCAUCGAUCCGACUGCAAAACCGUGCGCGUCACCGGUCGCAGCUUUGUGCAACUCCGCGUUGUCGUCCAAAACUUGUCACCGUCCGUUGUGCUGGUCAACUUGACUGACAUCAACGUGCACUUCAAAAACGGACCCGUCGUGCCCGUGGUACACACCAUACGAUUCCUUGCAUGUGUGACAGCGUUUUGGUCGCUACUCUUUGUGGUGCACGAUGUCGCAGCCACUACCCCUCCCAUCUUAGAUAUGAAACCGCGUAUUUUGGCCUGGAAUGGGCAUGCAGUUGACCCGUCGACGACUCCGCUGGCAUCUUGUCCACUGUCGUUUUUCGAGUUUGUCGUCGUUGGGGUGUACGUUGCGUGUGACGACUGCGAUUUCGAAGUGGAUUUCCUCGAACGAGCGCUGUCGGUUUGGAUUCCCAUGAAGCGGCACGGCGACUGCAUCGACUUGGCGCGGUGCCGGUGCAUGCUCCUGCCAGACCAGUACCAUCACUUUGGCCUGCAUAUCCCCCUUGUAGACGAAGCCGUGAUCUGGAACCGGUACACACAAUGCAGCCGGGGGUUUAUGGUGCUCAAUGCCAAAGAUCGUCUCACUGCCCCUCACGACCUACCCGCACGCUACUUGAUUGUCGACGGCGCGUAGGACUUAACUUAUCUUUUUAAUCAUGGCAGUGUGUGUGUGGUUUCAUCACGAAGUUGCCAUGGAUCAACCCUGCGACACGUUUCGGGUCGUUUCUACUGGUAGUACUACUACAUGACGAUUACAAUAUUACUGUAAUCCUUUAUUAUACAAGUGUUGAUAUUCUAUUAUUUAUAUGUCGUUAG